AUGAAUGCCAUCUGUUCUUACUCGUCCAAAUUCCUUCGCACUUCUUGGAUAUCAACCUUGAAGUGGCAGCGUGUCGCCGCCUCACCUCGAUUUAUCUCUGACAAGGCCUAUCAUCGUUACUCACACAGGGAGAAAGCCCGCUCCAGUUUCGUGCCUUACUUUGCUCUCAUUGUCUCUCCUCUAUCCUCUGCUUUCGUUCACCGAAGUGACGAUGACAAUGAUCUGACUUGGAGUAUUCUCUCCACCGUUAAAUGUGAAACGGUGCCAUCAUCUGCGCGUCUCAGUGCAAUCAAAUCGCUUGACAUUGUUGCUGAUGUUGUCGAAGAGGUUUCCCCGUCAGUCGUUUCCAUCACCACUGCUGGACACUUUUUCCAGUUGAAUGUCUCCAUGGGGUCGGGCUUCAUCGUCGACCACAGCGGAUUAGUUAUAACGAACGCGCACGUUGUGGGUCACAAACAGGCCCUCAAAGUUUCCCUCAAAGAUGGCCGCGAUUUUGAUGCAAGGGUGCUCGCUGUCGACAUGAAUUCAGAUCUGGCCUUGGUUCAAAUUAACGCAGACACCUCAACAUUGAGCCAACUUCCAGUCCUUGAAUUCGCCCCUGCUGAGCAGAAAAUUCGACCUGGCGAAUUUGUUAUUGCUCUCGGUAGUCCAUUGAUGCUCUCCAACACAGUUACGAUGGGGGUAGUGUCAGCUGUGGAAAGGGAUCUGGGCAAUAGGACAGGUCUCAAGUACAUUCAGACCGAUGCAAUAAUCACGUUUGGAAAUUCUGGUGGGCCCCUUGUCAGUCUGUACGGCAAGGUGAUCGGAGUGAAUACAAUGAUAGCAGACACCGGAUUAGGCUUUGCAGUACCCAUAGACCAAGUCCAGCGUUUCAUGGAGGCUGCCAAAAGGGCUCUGGCCGAAGAGCAAAACAAACAGCAGACCCCUCGCCGUCGUCCUUUGUCUGAGUCCUCAUCGGGUUCCCCGAGGCACCAGCGCACCGGGUCAUGGUCUUGGUUCGGAGGGGACAAUGACGCUGGCAACGGCGGUUCCUUGGUCGUCGGAUCGGGAGAGAGACAGUCUCGUUACCUUGGUCUUGUCAUGAGAACUCUGACUCCAGACCUUACAUUUGAGUUAGCUGCGCGUGGUCUCCUCCGUGGUGGUCCCGGCAACUCUGUUCACAAUGGCGUCUACAUCCACGGGGUUAUUCGCGGUUCUCCUGCUGAAAGGGUUGGUCUAAAGCCUGGUGACAUCAUAACGGCAAUCGAUGGCAACAAAGUUAUCAACGCGAACGAGGUCACGGAAAUCGUCGAAAAUCGUGACACCUUUUCAAUUACAGUGCUCCGAAACGGAAACACCGUGGAGAUAAGUGAAGUCAAAACUGAACCUGUCUAA